UUCUCCUAGCAGCAGGGUGGGCGUUAGAGGCUCUUCAGAACAAGCCGUUUUUAUCACUACUUCGCUGUUCUCGAAGUAUUUCUGACUCUUGUCGCACACCAGGAUCAAACGUUUUCGCGUGUUUCGUGUUAAUGUACUCGGACAGUUAAAGGAAAACGCCGCAUUAAAUGAGUUGAGCUCGAGACACACAGAGCAUCAUCCGCUUGUCAGGUUGAGCUUCAUCCGAGCCUCGAGCUCAACUGCCCUUCAGCACACUGGAGCGGCUCUAGAGCUGUGCACUGGAGUUUGACGGACACAUUUUCUUCUUCUUCUUGGGAAGUACACGUUUAUGACUGAGAAACAUCACUAAAAUAUCGACCGGAGUCGAGGACAGGAAAUUAUUGUUUUCUCUCACAACGCCGUUACGCAUGGUGGGAAUUUCUACGUCUUUUCAGUCGUUUGCUGGUGAAUCUGUCAGUGCGCAUCUGGACUCGCCUCUGAAAACCGAACGGCGCGUGAUCAGGAUUUAGAAACGAGACAUCGUACUGAGAAGCGGUCCACCAUGCCCGACUCACCUGCUGAUGUGAAAACACAGUCCAGGUUAACUCCGCCCACCAUGCCUCCUCCCCCCACCACACAGGGAGCUCCCAGGACCAGCUCCUUCACCCCAACUGCAUUAACGAAUGGCACCAGUCACUCUCCCACUGCACUGAACGGAGCCCCAUCUCCACCCAAUGGCUUCAGCAAUGGGCCUUCAUCGUCAUCUUCGUCCUCACUGGCCAAUCAACAGCUGCCGCCGGCCUGUGGCGCAAGGCAGCUCAGCAAGCUCAAACGCUUCCUCACGACACUGCAGCAGUUCGGCAAUGACAUCUCACCCGAGAUAGGAGAACGAGUGCGUACCCUGGUGUUAGGACUUGUGAACUCCACUCUAACCAUUGAGGAAUUCCACUCCAAACUGCAAGAAGCGACCAACUUCCCACUCCGACCUUUUGUCAUCCCGUUUCUGAAGGCCAACCUGCCGCUACUGCAGAGGGAGUUGGUGCACUGUGCACGGCUGGCCAAGCAGAACCCGGCUCAGUAUCUCGCCCAACAUGAGCAGCUCCUGCUGGACACAAGCACCACGUCACCCGUCGACUCUUCUGAACUCUUGAUGGAUGUCAAUGAGAAUGGCAAGAGAAGAACGCCUGACAGAACCAAAGAGAACGGCUUUGAGCGGGAGCCGCUCCAUCCCGAGCACCCCAACAAGAGGCCCUGCACUAUCAGUCCCGGCCAGCGUUUCAGCCCCUCCAACGGGCUGUCCUACCCGCCCAACGGCCUGCCACACCCCACCCCGCCCCCUCCACAGCACUACCGUCUGGACGACAUGGCCAUAGCACACCACUACAGAGAUUCCUACCGCCACCCCAACCACCGCGAGCUCCGCGACCGCCCUCGGCCUCUGGGCAUGCACGGCAGCACACGCCAGGAGGAAGUCAUAGAUCACAGGCUCACAGACAGAGAAUGGGCAGAAGAGUGGAAGCACCUUGACCAUGUAAGAAAACUCUUGAACUGCAUCAUGGAUAUGGUGGAGAAGACUCGCCGCUCGCUGACGGUGUUGCGGAGGUGUCAGGAGGCCGACCGGGAGGAGCUCAACUACUGGAUCCGUCGUUACAGUGAUGCUGAAGACCUUAAGAAGACCAGCAGCACCAGCAGCAGUCAGUCCCGACAGCAGAGCCCCGCCAGCCAAGAAAGCAAUGCUUUAGAUAUCCAUAGGGAGCUCCUUCACAGGCCAGUGUCUGGAUAUGUACCUGAAGAAAUCUGGAAGAAAGCCGAAGAGGCUGUGAAUGAGGUGAAGAGGCAGGCUAUGUCUGAGCUGCAGAAAGCUGUGUCAGAGGCCGAGCGCAAGGCACACGAGAUGAUCAGCACGGAGCGAGCCAAGAUGGAGCGCACGGUGGCCGAGGCCAAAAGGCAAGCGGCGGAGGACGCGCUGUCAGUCAUCAACCAGCAGGAGGACUCUAGUGAGAGCUGCUGGAAUUGUGGGCGCAAGGCGAGCGAAACAUGCAGCGGCUGCAACACGGCGCGUUACUGCGGUUCCUUCUGCCAGCACAAGGACUGGGAAAAGCACCACCACGUAUGUGGCCAGACUCUGCAGGCACAGCAGCAAAGCGAAACCCCGGCCACCGUCAGCUCCUCAGCCACCCCCAGCAGCGGAGCCGGGAGCCCAGCGGACACGCCGUCCGCCGCCACUCCCCGCUCCGCCACACCCGGCACGCCCUCCACCAUAGAGAACACGCCGCGCUAGAGUCCGAGCGGACCCUUACUAAAGCCUCAGCAGACUGGGGACUGACUCACCUGCCUCACUCGCUCGCUCCAAAAUGCUAAAGCUAGCGCACUAACAAAGAAAGAAGACUGUACUUAGGGCGAUCACCCAUAGGAGGUCCAUUUCGGGUCAUAUUGACUUGCCAUGAUAGAGAACGCAAAGAUAUUCUUUGUUUGAAAUUCUCAUUGUUCUUUAUUGUUACUACAGCUAUUAUCGAUUACUGCUGGUAAUGUCGUUUAUUGAUGUUGUGGCUCUCUUGCAUUCUUGUAAAUAAGAAGACAAAUGGAGUAGACAGCUGGGACCUCUUGAUGAGUGUAUUUGACCUCCUCUUCAUUUUGUUUUUUUUUGUUUUUUGUCGGGGUUUUUUUCCUCCCCCCUCCUCCGUUCUGUUCUCAAAGCUCUUUAUCCAGUAGCUGGGAUAUGAAACUAUUUGACCUCAUUAAAAGACACUUUAAAUAACAAAAACCAAGGAAAUAUUUCAUAGCUGAUGUAAGCAGAGACUCUGACUAUUAUUAGGACAGCGUUCCUUGUAAAGAAGACAACGAAACGUCGAGGGGGAAAAAAACACGCCGUGAAGGGCAUCUGUGUCGGACGUGGUGGAGUAGACGGCGGAUGGCUUUUCUGGCUCGCGCGCUGAACUCUGCAGAUGUGCAGCAGAUUGUGAAGGAACGCAGAUGUUCGUCCCUCUUCUGCAAGAUAAUAUCCAGGUCAAUGGUCUGAGAAAUAAAAAGCUGUUUCACUGAGGAAUGUAGGGGCGAGGAGGGCCCGUGCUGGAUGUUGAGUACUACACGGCGUAAUGAAGGAUGCACUCUGAGCCCUGAUCCCAAAUGCACUCCAUCAGCUCCCAAAACAGGAAGUGAAGUCAUCGGCCCACCAGAGCAGGACUGUCCGAACCUCACUGUGACAGCCGCUGGGAAACAAAGGGCUGAGAAAUCACCCAUAAAUCACCGGCUUUUGGAAUCAGUCCAGAGCCCUCUCCUGUCCUGCCUAUCUCUCGCCAUCAGUCCUCGUUCUACUUCUUUUUGCCCUUCUAGAUCUCAUUGUGUUAAACACUUGUGUCCUGUGCCGUCUCCAAUGGUUAUUUAUUGUACGUGUGCUGGACAAUUGUGACGACGCAUUAAUAGUUUAAACCACGGUCACAACUUUUUAGUCUUUCUAGGUGCAAAAAGGAAGAACACAUUUUCUCUUUUUUCUCUGUCUCUCUCGCUCUCUCUCUCUUUCUCGCAAGCUGCUUUUCUAUUUGUAUGUGUUUGUGCUAGUCCCCUUGUAGUUCUCUAAGAAGAAAAAAAACUUUUCCCAUUGUCCUCGAAAGACAAACGCUAUCUCUCAGAGCUGCUACUUCAGUCUCAUUCAGAUGUUUUUUCUGAGAACUAGCAUGUUACAUGGAAUGCUAACAUAAAUGUUUUUGUACAUGGGACGUACAUAAAUGUAUUUGCACUGUCACGGUUUCUCUCAGCAUGCUUCUUUUGGCAGUUUUUUUUUUUCUUCAUAGGGCGCCUCACUUCAUAGAUUAUCUUUGGAGUGCUUCGUUAUUACAUAUCUGUGAUUUUUCUUUUCUUGUUAAAAAAAUGGAGAAAAAAUGUAUGAAAAAAGAGCAAAAAGAAAACGGAAAAAAGACGAAACAGAAGUAUCACAAUCUGCUUUUGUUCACUUUUUUUUCUAACCAUCUUGCUUUGAAUAGAUAAGGACAGUGCAUGCACAUGCAUACUGAACGCUAUGGUAUAUGUUGUUUUUGUUUUCUACAAAAAAGGAAAAAAAUGACAAAAAAAGACACUAAGAAACUAACUUUCCAAAUGCAGAGGUGAAAAACAGACAGCUUUAACACUGCAGAGCACCAGGAUACACAGUAUUACAAAAGAAUUAACAUGGAAGACAGCCAAAGACAGACAUGAAGGACCAAAACCUGAUUUUAUCCAAGAUUUAAACAUGACAAAAGAGACUCACUUUUUGUUUUCUCGACGUGUUAAUCAGGGGAAGCCACACUGAGCAAUGAUUCCAUUCGAAAACCUUUAACUCUCCCCCUGUCCAGAGCCAAGACCAGCCCUGUUCAGAUCGUAGGGAGGAGGAGCCACUCAAAACCACGUAGCAGGUCCUAAGAAAAGAGGCGGUCUGAAUGAUUGAGCAAUAACUGAAAAGGUGGAUCCCAUAUCUAAAUCCUCCAGGGCUAGGAUUUCCUUUUUGUCCUUUUUCUUUCCGUAUCAUUCCUCGAAACGGAUGUGUCAUAAGAACGUCACCCCAAAAGGCUACCUGCCCGACCGAAGCGGAGCUCUUCUCGUUCACGAACGGCGCAUAACCAAACCUAAAAUAAAAAGCCAUGUGAGAAACUAAAACUAAACGAAACAACCUCGCCAAUGGCUUAAGAGGAAGAGGGGUCUAAACCAGCACUUAGCUGCACUCUGAUGUUUCAAACCAUGGUGCUAAACGCUGUGCAUUUGACCUCUUUGGAGGAGGGGCUGGCCCUGGAUGCACUACCGGCCUCCUCCGGCACGCUACGGUUAAAUGAUCCAAAAAAAACAAAGGUGUAAGACACCUGUACACAUCUCCAGAGAACCUGCCAGCUAAGCUGUCUUGAAACACUAAUGUACUAUUUUUGAAAAAUAUAUACAGUUAGUGUAAUAACUUCAAUCAGGGUGACCUGAAUAAACUAAGCACGGACAAAGCAUCAAGAAACUCCUCCUUCCCACUCUAGUACGUCUGUUUUGCUACAACCUUUUUUCCUCGGUGGCAAAAAGUCUCACUCUACCUCUGACAGCACGUUAGGAGCACCAGUCGCCGAGCGGACACUGGUCUAGUCAAACCAAAUGGGCACAUGAGAACAGGACUUAAACCCAAAGUUAAAAGCUCAUAUAGCUGCAAACCAUAUCACUACUUGGUAACAAUGCAGACCUCAUGAGAAAAAAAAAAAAAAAACGUAAUAGAAUACGUAAAAUAAAAAACGAAAAAAAAAAUGUUAUGUUCUUUUUAAGUUUGUCAACUCAAAGUUAAAAAAAUAAGUGUUGACACCAUUUGAUAUACACUAUUCAAUAAAUGGUCAAAGAUGAGAAAAUGUGAUUAUAUUCCAAUUGCCCUCCUCUUCUCCUGCAACCCCUUUUCCCCCGUUUAUGUCUUCUGUUGUGAGACACGCUUGGCCGCUCGUCAAUGUCAUUUAGGUUCGUGUUAUUGGGGGAUUCGCACCAAAACGUGAGCGGAAAGUAACGGCUGGUGAAUUUACGCAUGCCUUUUUUGCCAGGUGUUCUUACGUUUUGUUUUGUUUUUCCUCCAGUUUGUAAAGUUAAUUCAACUUUUGGGAUAAUAAAGGGACCGUGGAAACUUAGUGAAAUGAAUUGGUGGGGUGGGUUCAGGACGGGCAGUCAUAGGGUUCUUCGAAAAUCUUUAUUGUGAAAAAAAAAAACUCAUGAAAGUUGUUGUGCAAUACUUAACGGAAACAUGAACCACAGGUUACAGGUGGAGCUGGGAGGGUGUGCUCUCUCUCGUCACACCGUUUCGGUAUACUCUAGGGUUUUUGAGUCUACUAUGUCAGAACUGUGGUUUCUUGUUUAAUCUGUUUUCUUUAUUUUAUUCUCUCAUUUUUGGGGGCUGUAGUAAAUGGUCUGUCAGUCUGUGAAUCUUUGCAGUAUGAUUCUGGUAUUGUUGUACUCUUUACUGUGUAAUAAAUAUGUUCAUACCUGCA